AUGAGUACUGCUAUUGAUGCGCCUCCUGCCGUCGUGGAGACGCACGAUGACAUCUGUCCUCUCGGACCUGUCGACCCCGCCUCCAUCCCUGAUGCUGAGCACGAGAAAGCUGCGCCAUGGGUUGUUCGCAAACUCGUUGGUUCGAUGACGGGGAGAAUGGUGAUCGCGUCCUUGGAGUCAUUGAGAGCAGCCGGGACGAGUAUACUUUGUCUCUCUCCAUGGGGCGACUCUUCUCCAUUUCUUUUGCCAUGUAUCCGUUUCCGUGACAUGGCCGUCCACACAGUCGUAGCUGCAACCGGUGGUGUCGCAGCCGUCGCCGCCCCCGUCAUGGGUCCCGUCUCCGAUGCCAUAGUCUCCACCGUGGGCGAUACCAUCCUCGUCGAGAUGGGCAUGCACGCGGGCUUCGAACUUAGCAUGACCCUGGCGGACGAUCUCGUGUUCGAGAAGCCUAUUGACGAGAUGGUCCCGCUCCAUUCGAAGAGAUUGGAAACGACAGGAGUGAAAACGAUGUUGAUCACCUUGAAGUAUAAGCACACCGUCGAGGAUGCGAAUUUGGGCUUUUACAGGAGUAGUUUGCACAAGGACAAAUCAUUGUUCGCAAGUGUGGUCGACUAUGUUUCAGUUGAGAAGGGCUGGUUUUCGCCAUAUCUCUUUGCAUCCGGUCGUCGGCCCGUCAUUCCCCGCACAAUGAAACCCGACGUUCUCUUCUGCCACGGCCCCUUCCUCGCAGGCGACUACAAGAUCGGCGAAACACUCCUCCGCGAAUCCGCCUCUAUCAUCUCAUUCGUCUCCAAUCCCGUUAUCGCCCCUGAGACGUCCACACCCAAAGAGAGACCCAACCUCUCACAGACCAUCUCUUCUUACACCGACAAACUUACCGCCACCUCGACCGCCUACAGCAACAAGCUGACUUCCGUCUUCUCCCACUCUCGCUCGAACUCCCGCUCUUCAUCGCCCCCGCCCUCUCCAACACCCGAACCGACUCUGACUCCACUCCCGCAGCCCCCGGCACCCCGUCGAAUGGUCAUGGUCGUCGUGGGUCUCAAGCCACAUCGUAUCAACCUCUGGACGUCGAGCCAAAGACCACAUGAGAGCGUGAUGUAUUAUCAGCUGAUGAAUGGGUGCCCUGCGAUCAUCGUGCCCGUGCGUUUGGGGGCGCCGCUGGUCGCUUGGGACGGAUUGACGUUGGAGCAGCUGUGGAAGUAUGUGCUACCGGGUGAUGAAGAAGCUGCCAUAUCCGUCACACCGUCUGCCUCGUCCACUAGUCUUUCCGACGGCGAGAAACCCGGGGUGGAUAUUUCGGAAGGAAAGGUACAGGGCGAGGUGAACGAAACGACCCUGAAAGGUUUCGACGGCGUGGUGAACGUCCUCUACGAGUACCUCGAACUCUGCGUCUCAUGGUCGCGUGUCGAGAUGCCUGGUCAGAAGAAGGACUUGGAGGAUUCGGAAAUGGGAGCUCAAGAUGAAAAGAAGGCGAAGGCGGCGUUGAAGGCUGCGGUGAAGUUGUUUGUGGCUGCCGCUGUUAGGAGUGGUGAGAGCAAAGAAGUGAGGAAGGAGGUGGACAAGACGAGGGCUGGUAUCGCGAUGUGGCGGAUACCUUGA